AUGGGGGCUAGUAGGCGUUGCCAUGGUUUUCAGACUCUUGUUGUUCAGUGUGCUCCCCAUGAGGGGCUUGGCCGCUGUGGGGUCCUGGCGGAUGCCCGAGGCUCUGCCCCUCCCCCAUGCUUCACACCAGACAGUGGGAGGUCAUUUCCCUGUGAGCUGCGGCUGAGGGCCAGGUCAGUGGCUGCAGAGGAUGAACUUGAGAAGCUGCCGACUCCACCUGGGCACCUCACACAUUCCCCUCGGGCUGUGUCCGCAGGUUCCCUUGGAGACAUGGAGGCCGGAGAGGAGGCCCAGGCCGUGGACACCAGCCUCUCAGAGCAGGAGCCCGUGGCACCAGAGCCUGAGGCCGCAGGGGAGCCCAAGCCCCCCAGCCCUUCCAGCGCAGACCUUAAUCUGCCCCCACCGCCACCACCCCCCACAUCCCCAGGAGGCCCCGAGGAAAUGGAGGGGCAGGAGCCAGAGACAAGGCCCAAGGAGGAGGAGGAGGAGAUGGGCAGCCCCUGGAACGGGCCAGACGAGCUGGAGCUGGUGCUGCAGGAUGGGCAGAGGCGCGUACGGGCCCGGCUCAGCCUCGCCGAGGGCCUGUCCUGGGGCCCAUUCCACGGGAAUAUCCAGACCAGAGCCGCAUCCCCCGGGCAGGCAGAGCUGAGCCCGGCCCUGAGCCUGCUGCUGGUGGACAAGGCCUGCUGGCUGAGAAUGCUGCCCAGAGCUAUGACUGAGGCUGAAGCCAACGCAGAGAUCUACAGGAAGGAUGAAGCCCUCUGGUGCAGGGUCACCAGGCCGGUGCCAGCAGGUGGACUCCUGAGCAUGCUCCUGGUGGCCGAGCACUGCAGCAUCCCCAGCCACCCCAUGAAGAAGGAGCCAGUGGAGCCCACGAGCCCAGCCCCCAUGCACAGUGACAUCCAUCUGCUACCCCAGCAGGCCGGGAUGGCAUCCAUUCUCGCCACGGCAGUCAUCAACAAAGACGUCUUCCCCUGCAAGGACUGCGGCAUCUGGUACCGCAGCGAGCGCAACCUGCAAGCCCACCUCCUCUACUACUGCGCCAGCCGCCAGAGCGCCAGCUCCCCUACCACGGCUGCUGCAGACGAGAAGCCCAAGGAGACUUACCCCAACGAACGCAUCUGCCCCUUCCCCCAGUGCCGCAAAAGCUGCCCCAGCGCCAGCUCCCUGGAGAUCCACAUGCGCAGCCACAGCGGAGAGCGUCCCUUUGUGUGCCUGAUCUGCCUGUCGGCCUUCACCACCAAGGCCAACUGCGAGCGGCACCUCAAGGUGCACACGGAUACGCUGAGCGGUGUCUGUCACAGUUGCGGCUUCAUCUCCACCACAAGGGACAUCCUCUACAGCCACCUGGUAACCAACCACAUGGUCUGCCAGCCAGGGUCCAAGGGUGAGAUCUACUCGCCAGGGGCUGGACACCCAGCUGCCAAGCUCCCCCCAGAGAAUCUGGCCACCUUCCAGCAGCACACGGCCCUGCACAGCCCUCUGGCCUCAGCAGAUCUGAGCCUGGCGCCCACCCCAUCUCCAGGACGAGACAGGAAGGCCCAGGCCGAGGCCACCAACGGAGAGGCCAGAGUGGCUCCCCAGAAUGGAGGCAGCAGCGAGUCCCCGGCGGCCCCCAGAAGCAUCAAGGUGGAGGUGGCGGAGGAGCCCGAGGCGGCCCGCGCACCGGGCCCCAGAGAGCCAGGGCCCCAGGCCCCUUCGCGGACACCGUCGCCGCCCAGCCCGGCUCCGGCCAGGGUGAAGGCCGAGCUGUCCAGCCCCACACCGGGUUCCAGCCCGGGGCCUGGAGAGCUGGGCCUGGCCGGGGCCCUCUUCCUGCCGCAGUACGUGUUCGCGCCGGAUGCGGCGCCCCCCGCCUCGGAGAUCCUGGCCAAGAUGUCCGAGCUGGUGCACAGCCGGCUGCAGCAGGGCGCGGGGGGCGCGCCGGCCGGCCUCUUCGCCGGGGCCCCCAAGGGUGCCACGUGCUUCGAGUGCGAGAUCACCUUCAACAACGUCAACAACUACUACGUGCACAAACGACUUUACUGCUCGGGCCGCCGCGCGCCCGAGGACGCGCCCGCCGCGCGCCGGCCCAAGGCGCCCCCCAGCUCUUCUGCCGAGCCCGACGCGCCGCGCUCCCCGCCGGGCCCCGUGGCGCGCGAGGACGAGGUGGGCGGCGCGGCCACUCCCGAGGCGGAGGUGGGUGGCCGGGGCAGCGAGGGCAGCCAGAGCCCGGGCAGCUCGGUGGACGACGCGGAGGACGACCCCAGCCGCACGCUGUGCGAGGCCUGCAACAUCCGCUUCAGCCGCCACGAGACCUACACGGUGCACAAGCGCUACUACUGCGCCUCGCGCCACGACCCGCCGCCGCGCAGGCCUCCCGCGCCCCCUGCGCCAGUCACUGCCGCCGCGGCGCCCACGGGACCCCAAGGACCCGCCGCACCGCACGCGCGCACGCGCAGACGCCGCAAGCUCUACGAGCUGCACGCAGCCGGCGCCCCGCCCCCCGCGCCGCCCGCCCCCGCGUCGGAGUCCCCCGCGUCGCCGCCACCCGGGAGCGGCGGCGGCGGCGGCCCCGGCCCCGCGCCCGCGUGCUCGCCCGGCCCCGCAGCUGACGGCCCCAUCGACCUGAGCAAGAAACCGCGGCGACUGGUGCCCGCCACGCCGGCCGCGCCCGCGCUGGCCGAUUACCACGAGUGCACGGCCUGCCGCGUGAGCUUCCACAGCCUCGAGGCCUACCUGGCGCACAAGAAGUUCUCGUGCCCCGCCGCGCCGCCGCCCGCCGCCCUGCGCCUGUCUGCCGCCGCCUGCCCCUAUUGCCCGCCCAACGGCCCGGUCCGCGGCGACCUCAUCGAGCACCUGCGCCGGGCGCACGGCCUGCGUGCCGCCGAGGCCCGGACGCCCGCCGCCUCGCCCCCGCCCGCGCCCCGGGACGGCCUGGACGGCGCCGAGCCGCGGGAGCCGCCGCCCGGCCCGAACCGCACCAGCCCCCGGCCCGGCCCGCCCGCGUCGCCGGCCGUCGCGCCCCUCCCGGACAAGGGUGCGCCGGCGCCCGCGCCCGCGCCCAGCAGCAACCCGCGGUUCUGCCGACUGUGCAACAUCCGCUUCAGCAGCCUGUCCACCUUCAUCGCGCACAAGAAGUACUACUGCUCUUCGCACGCGGCCGAGCACGUGAAGUGA